GCGACAUUUCCGAGGAAGGACCUCGCGUUAUUUCGAUGGCUGCCUUUAAAACUGCCACACGACAAAACGGCUAAAAAAACAUGAAUUAUGACAAGAACGAGUGACAUUUCUGAAAGUGUUUUAACACAGAGUCGACGCGGUUACGCUAAACGCAACAACACGCACUUGCGUUUAAGGUUAUUUUAUUUAAUGAAUGAAUCUGAUCGUUCGUGCGCGGCUGUGGAUACCACCGGGGUCCUUUCGCGAAACUAAUUAGCCUGACGCGAUCCCUCAGUAAUUACAUUUUUGUUUCUGAAUGAAAACACAGAGAUCAGAGACUGACAGCCCCGUGCUGAUCACACAGCAGGCCCGGAGAGCUCACAUGUGUGAUGAUGGUGCGAGAUGAACGCAUGGCGUGAUAUGUGACUGUGUGUGCAGGCAGGGAGCUUCAACAGCAGCCACUGAGCACGACACUGUUUUAUUUUUGACGAUUUAUCAGUAAAAAAAACAAAACAAAGAAACGUUCACCGGCGUUACCACAGAAACCAACAACGUGAAACCGCGAGCGCCAUUUCCGGGCUCGUGACAUCGGCGAUAGUGGAGCGGGACGUCGGUGUGAGGGGCGCGGGGAGCGGAGCGGUGUCGGUUACCAUACCUGGGCUGGUGGACGACGGUAUGGCUUCGGGAAAAGGAGCCGGGAAACCCGCCUCGACGUGGGACAACACGAAGAUCCGGUUCAUCGUUUGCUUCCUCGGAGUCUUCGUCUGUUACUUUUACUACGGAAUAUUACAAGAGACCAUCACUCGAGGCGACUAUGGUCAGGGAGACAAAAGGGAGAAGUUCAGAUUCGCCAGGACACUGGUCUUAAUCCAGUGCGUUAUCAGUGCUCUGUUUGCCGAGAUCUUGAUCCAAUUUUUUGAGAGCUCCAAGCAAGAUCACACCAAGAGCUGGCUCUAUGGUCUGUGUUCCCUCUCUUACCUUGGAGCCAUGGUGUCCAGUAACUCAGCCCUUCAGUAUGUCAACUACCCCACACAGGUGCUGGGGAAAUCUUGCAAACCCAUACCAGUGAUGAUCCUCGGGGUGACAAUACUGAGGAAGAGGUACCCACUGGCUAAAUACUUGUGCGUGCUGCUUAUCGUGGGUGGUGUUGCUAUGUUCCUCUACAAACCCAACAAGAGCUCAGCUGUUGCAGAUGACCAUGUUUUUGGGUUUGGAGAGAUUCUAUUGCUGGUCUCUUUGACAUUGGACGGUUUGACCGGUGUGGCCCAGGACCACAUGAGGGCUCGCUUCCAGACAGGUGCCAACCACAUGAUGCUGAACAUCAACUUGUGGUCCACUUUGGUGCUGGGACUAGCGGUACUGUGGACAGGGGAGGUGUGGGAAUUCCUUAGUUUCACUGAACGCCACCCAAGCAUCAUCUACAAUAUUCUUCUGUUUGGACUGACUAGUGCUCUAGGCCAGACCUUCAUCUUUAUGACCGUGGUGUACUUCGGGCCUCUGACCUGCUCCAUCGUCACCACCACAAGGAAGUUCUUCACCAUCCUCGGCUCUGUUAUUCUGUUCGGCAAUGUCAUGAGUACGAUGCAGUGGGUUGGCACCAUCCUGGUGUUCCUCGGUCUCGGAUUUGAUGCUAAAUUUGGCAAAGUUCCCAAGAAGACGACACACUAGAACAUCUGGAGCACAUGAGAGAAGACAGAAACAUUGCACAUCAAAUGGAAACACUAUAGCCAGUAUCUUAUUUUCAUAAGACAUCCUGUACAGGCAUACUGUAUGUGCCUAUUAUUUGUUUAAGUACAGUCAGAUUUUCUCAUAGUUUUCAACUCCAGCUUCUUAUAUGUACUGUUGAUAAAUUAAGAGACACAUCUCACUGGGGAUUAACUCCCAAAUGAACUGUAACGUACCAAUGACAUUUUUUGACCACAUGAUAUCAUGCACACUCUUGUAAAGGAUUUUGGACUGGCUAAAAGACACAAGUGGAAAAUACUGUAUUUAGACAAAUUCUUAUUUUUCUGAAACCAGCUCACCUCCCUUGGAUGGAUAUUGAACCAAACAAGGCCUUAGACAUAGGUUUCCAGCAUUUUACUCAUGAACUUACCACCAAAUAAGGCGUUGGUUUACAAAUUGUUGCUUGAUUAUGUGUAAUUAUUACAUAUGUAGUUUAUUUCUUGGCAAACACUGCAUUUAUAAAAUAUAAAUGGUUGUAUGUAGCCUGUUGUGUCAUGCCCAGUCUUACAAUUAAAUUGUUUUUACUUUUGUUUUCUACAAGUUGAAAAUAACUUGCCAUAAAAGGGAAAUUGUGAUA